AUGAAGCGCAAAGGCGGUCGCCGGCCGCUCGGCGGUCAUGGGAAUGGAGGGAAAGGGGCCAUGAAGCGGCUGAAGCUGGCGGUGGAAGGAUUUGUGCAGGCGACCUCUGAAGGUACGCAUCCCGGAAGCUUCAAGGGACCGCUCCCGGGGUCCCGAGCCGAGAGUCUGGGCGCAGCGUCGGGCAUCCGUCCGGUGGGGAAAAAAAGCCGCAAGGAGUUGAAAAAGGAGAAGCGACGCCUGAGGAAAGCCCGGCGGUCUCAGUGGACUACAAGCUCUGCACAGGGUCCAGCCCCAGGACGCCGCGACCGGGCCCAAGAAACCAUUAGUUCUCAGUCGGAGAAGAACGAAGAAAGCGCUCCCCCGAGCGUAAGUCGAGACCCACCUCCUCCCAAGAAGUUGAGACCUCCCCAAGCUAAGGCCAAGUCUCCCAAGGCCCAAGCCCGUCUGAAAGGCUCCUCGGGGAAGUCCAAGCCCUCCGUGGCCGCCACUGCUGCUGCUCGGAAACGGGCACUGCUGGCAGCCAACGAGGAAGAGGACCGAGAGAUCCGAAAGCUGGAGCGCUGCCUGGGCUUGAAGAAGCGCAAAAGGAAGGACGACAGUAGCUCUGUGCCACUUAGCUUUGCACGCGAUGGGCUAGACUAUAUUCUAGGAGUCCUGGAAUCUGGGAAAAACGGUGGCUUAUAUGAAAGUAGUAGUGAGGAAGAGGAGGAGGAUACUGGACAGGCACUCCCUGAAAGUGAUUUAGACAGUGACACCACGGAAGAAAGUGAGGAGGAGGAAGCGCAGAAGGAAAAAGAAAAGACAGAGGAUGAAGAGGAAGCGCAGUGCGAGGAGGAGGAGAGUGUAGAAGAAGAAAAUGAAAAGUCGACAACAAACAGGAGAGCGCAGAAGAGGAUGGGGAAAAAAGUCCGUUUUGCAGAAGAUAAAGAGAGGUCAAGUUCUUCAGAGGAUGCUGGUCCUCCCUAUCAGAGCCUUUAUGAAAGUGGUGAGAAGUAUACACCCCCACAUGUGAGGCGAGCUGAGGAAGCUGUGGAUGCCCAAAAAAAGGAGCAACUGGAAAGGUUAAAAAAACAAGUAAAAGGCCUCAUUAACAGGUUGAGUGAACCAAAUAUGGCUUCUAUAAGUGGACAGCUGGAGGAACUCUAUAUGGCUAACAGUAGGAAAGAUAUGAAUGACACUUUAACUGGCAUUCUUAUGAAUGCCUGUGUUACUGAGACUCUAAUGCCCACCAGGCUGAUGAUGGAGCAUGUUCUUUUAGUUAGCAUUCUUCAUCACACAGUGGGAAUUGAGGUUGGUGCACACUUUCUGGAGACCGUGGUGAGGAAGUUUGAUGAAGUAUAUAGAAAUAGAAGUGGCGGGAAGGAAUGUGAUAAUCUUUUCUCCAUUCUUGCCCAUUUAUAUAACUUCCAUGUGGUACAGUCCCUUCUCAUCUUUGAUAUUUUGAAAAAACUUAUCGGAACUUUCACAGAAAAAGAUAUCGAGUUGAUCCUGCUAAUGCUGAAAAAUGUGGGCUUUUCCCUGAGAAAAGAUGAUGCUUUAUCACUUAAGGAACUGAUCAUGGAAGCCCAGAAGAAAGCCAGUGGAGCAGGAAGCAAUUUUCAGGACCAGACCAGGAUUCGGUUCAUGUUAGAGACCAUGUUGGCCCUGAAGAAUAAUGAUAUGCGUAAAAUUCCAGGCUAUGACCCUGAACCUGUAGAGAAACUGAGGAAGUUACAAAGAGCUUUGGUGCGCAACACGGGUUCAAGUACAGAAACUCGGCUUCGAGUCUCCUGGGAGAGUGUUUUGAAUGCAGAGCAGGUUGGUCGCUGGUGGAUUAUAGGGUCUUCAUGGAGCGGAGCCCCAAUGAUUGAGAGCAGUGAUGAUAAGAUCCAGCAGAAACAGCUCAUAGGGACGGUUAGUUCAAAGAUGUUGGACCUUGCUCGCAAGCAGAGAAUGAACACUGACAUCCGGAGAAACAUAUUCUGUACAAUAAUGACCAGUGAAGACUUUCUGGAUGCAUUUGAAAAGCUUUUGAAGCUUGGACUUAAGGAUCAGCAAGAGAGAGAAAUAGUUCAUGUUCUCAUGGAUUGCUGCCUUCAAGAGAAAACAUAUAAUCCCUUUUAUGCGUUGUUGGCUAGCAAGUUUUGUGACUAUGAAAGAAGAUUUCAGAUGACUUUCCAGUUUACCAUAUGGGACAAAUUUCGGGAUUUAGAAAAUUUACCAGCUACUAAUUUCUCUAAUUUACUUCAUUUUGUGGCCCAUUUGUUGAAGACAAAAUCACUUCCAUUAUCCAUUUUAAAGGUAAUUGAAUUCAGUGAAUUGGACAAACCCAGAGUCCACUUUUUACGGAAAGUAUUAUACAUCUUGUUAAUGGAAACAGAAGUUGAAGACCUUGGUUUAAUUUUUACAAGAGUAUCCGACAACCCAAAGCUGGGGGUAUUGCGGGAAGGUCUGAAACUUUUUAUUAGCCACUUCUUACUAAAGAAUGUAGAGGCCCACAAAAGCGCGGAGGAAGCCAACCUACUCAGAGAAAGAGCUGACCUGGCAAUAAAGUCUCUUCAAGGAAAGCCUUCCCUCAGAAUGUAG